AUGAAAUGGAUCCGGCCAACUAUUCUCGAACAUAACGGCGAGGCUCUUUUAAUGGACGAAACUCUUCAAAUUAGUCCUAUCGGACCAGUCGUCAAUCUUGAAGAGUUUGCCGCAACUCAUGAUUGGCCUGACGCAUUUUUACGUCCUCUGGAUGCAGUAUCGCUAGCGACUGCCAUCAAGAUUUCUAGACGCAUCACUCUUUGUAUUCUAUCAAUAACAUAUUUUAUUUACAGGCAUAUGUCAUCACGGCGACGAGUACAGAAAAUUAGCUAUUCUGAUGACUUGGACGAUGACGACGACUAUUAUGGCCGCUCAUACGAAGAAGAAGUAGCAAUGUCUCCAAGCGUCACCGGAUACAUGUACCAGCGACAGCGGACGGCACCAGAAUUCACACUUGGAACUAAAUUGAGUGAAUUCAUACCAGAAGAACGUCACUACCCCGAACAGGCCGACUACGGGAAUGAACAAAUGUUUGACAUGGAUGUGGAUGAUGGCAAAGAAACUAAGCCUUCCACAUCCACAACAUCACUUUUUGUGGAUCCCGGUCCCCGUCCUGGACUAGAAUUUGACGAACCCAGUCGACCUUCUAAGCCGAUUGUGAUAUCUUUAGGAUCUAUUGCGGGGCACGAAGAGGAAAAGCCUGUUAUCCCUAACAUCACCAAUCUGCGCGUUUCCGAGCCCAGUCGCAGCGGAUCGAAGUCACCAUCGAGAAAGAAGUCAGUUGCAAAUUCCUCACUUGCGACUUUACCGGCUAACUCUAGUAGCCACAGGCUGAAUCAGUUAGCAGCUAUUACGUCUGCUCCAUCGACGCCCAGAAGAACUCGGCGACGCGAAGAGGGCAAGCAGCUGAUAAAUUUAGUGGUGGUGGGGCACGUAGACGCUGGAAAGAGUACGCUGAUGGGGCAUUUACUUUAUCGGUUGGGAUGUGUCGAUCAGCGCACAAUUCAUAAGUACAAGCAAGAGUCAGCACGGUCUGGAAAGGCUUCAUUUGCUUUUGCGUGGGUUCUAGAUGAGACUGAAGAGGAACGAGCUCGCGGUGUAACGAUGGACAUUGCGAAGACUACCUUUGAAACAGACUCGAAACGUGUUUUGUUGUUGGAUGCCCCCGGACAUAAGGAUUUCAUCCCGAACAUGAUCACUGGUGCUUCACAAGCAGACGCAGCAAUCCUUGUGGUGAACUCUACCCAAGGUGAGUUUGAAACUGGAUUCGAUAACGGUGGACAGACAAGAGAACAUGCAAUGCUGUUGCGAUCACUUGGUGUCGGACAAUUGGUAGUGGCUGUCAACAAACUUGAUACGGUGGACUGGUCACAGGAACGAUUCAACGAAGUUGAAGCAGCGAUGAAGUCGUUCCUGACGAAACAGGCUGGCUUCAGUAAGGUUCGUUUUGUACCAGUUUCUGGACUGAAUGGUGACAAUCUCUCCGAGAGGGUUUCUGACGACCAUCCACUUCGGAAAUGGUAUUCUGAAGGAUGCUUAUUGGAAUACAUAGAUACUUUCUCUGCGCCUUCUCGUGCAAGCGAAGGCCCUCUGCGGAUAGUUAUUAACGACGUUUUUAAGGCUACCACCACCCAGUUGAGCUUAAGUGGUAAAAUUGAGUCUGGUGAAGUUGAGACGGGGGAUAAGGUGUUCAUAAUGCCGAAUGCGGAUGCUGCAGUUGUUAAGGCGUGCUCUAACGAUGAUGGAGGUGCAAUAGAUAGCUGUGUUGCCGGUGACCAUACUCUGUUGACACUGAGUGGCACUUUUGAACCGGAUACGAUCCAUGCUGGACAUGUCAUUGUGCGAGGAGGACCGGAUGCCUUAAUGCCCUGUCGCAGAUUUGUAGCCAGGAUUGUGGUGUUUGACGUGGUAGUUCCUAUCAUGAAAGGAACGAAGGCUGAGUUGUAUUGCCAUUCGCUAUGCGAACCAUGCACAAUAGUGAAACUAAUAUCAUCGAUCAAUAAAGCCAAUGGACAUGUCAUAAAAGAGAGGCCGAGGUGCUUGUCGAAACAAAUGAGUGGGUUGGUGGAGAUAGAGACGGAGCGGGAAGUUGCAGUUGAAGCUUACACAAACUGUAAAGCACUUGGACGCAUUACAAUCCGGGCUGGAGGUCAAACCAUAGCCGCCGGAAUAAUAGAACGGAAAUUGAACUGA